CCUCCCUCAUCCCUCCUCUCUCCUCCCAUCCGCCUGCACACUCGCCCUCGUCCUUCGUCGUCCUAGGUAGAUGGGCUCCUCCACCCCCGCCAGCCAUCGAGCUUCUCCCCCCUCCACCCCAAGCACAGCGCCCAUGACUGACCCUCUCCACCUCUCUCGCUGCAGUACACCUCUCUGCCGUCUGCACCUAUAGUUUCACAAUCGCUGCUGGUUCUAUUCUUGAACAGCGCACCCGCCGCGACAUAUGCCUCCGCCGACAGGACAUGUCCCACGCACGCCCGACAGACGCACCUCCUCGUCGGCGCUCUUUGGCGCCUUCAGGUCCCUUACUAGUGGCCGCCUCAAGAGCCCGACCCCCCCCGACAUGCCAUCUCUCGGGUCUGAUCGCCGUCCCGCUUCCGUCGCAGGAGCUCGCGCUGCCUCCGCAGAUGGCCAUGUGCAGCAGUCCCCUCCAGAUAUAGUCGCGGACGAUGAGAAGGCGCUGGGCGGCCCUCCAGACAUAGUCGUGGACGAUGAGAAGGCGCUGGGCGGCCCUCCAGAGCUGGGCGUUCUUGUCGCGCAGCUGCACGGUAGCCUUCCACUGUCCGACAGGGCUCUGGCGGUUCGCAAGAUAUGCUGCAUACUGGAAGAAUACCCUGUUCGCAAUGUGCUUCCGUUAUGGGCUGCGGGCAGUCACCUUCUCGCCAACGAGCAAGCUGCGGAGGGGGUUGAGGCAGGAUAUAUGCUCCUCAAGAGCUGCGCGGCCCUGUCAGAUCUAACUCCCGUCGAGCGAAAUGUCCUUUUCAAUGCGAUUGCGCUUCGUGAGGGCGAUAAGAACUUUGACCUACGUCUCCAGGCUGUAUCCAUCCUGACUAAUGGUGGCCGCAAUGUCGAAGCCUUCGAAACGUCCGUCGCAUCCUUCAUCCUCAAUUCUCUUGAUUCUUGCUUUAAAGAGAGUCGCAAUGCUUAUAAUGCAUCCCGAAAGGCCCAAGGGAAGAAGAGCGUGGAGCAGCCAGCCAAAGAGGCUGAAAACAUGUCUCGGCUUUUUCAAUAUGUAAUCGACAUCUCCAGAUUCAACUCCAAGAUAUUCAGCGAGGAUGAUCUCGAACUGUUACUUAACAAGGUCAUGGGCAUCUGCCAAGAGACAACCCAGCCAAGCGAUAUCGAAUGUGCUAUCAAAUUAUUCGACACAAUCAUCACUUACGUCCAUGUACCCAAGAACGCCCUCAAAGCCUGCCUCGAGGUUCUCUGCGCCAUCCAUCGCCAGCUCGCCGACCUCCAGGAGCAAACGUGGAACACACUAAGCAAUCUUUUCAAAUCCCAUAUCGGCCAGGCAGCAGUCUCAUCGCUGCUGAAAACGCUCCUUGAUGGUCCCAUCAGGAAAAGCCGCCAAUACAGCGUGUAUCGGGGGGUAAUCCAGGUCCUGCAGCUGCUAUUACUGGAAGAUGGACGUAAUGGACUCCCUAUAGUCCCCAUAUCCUUGCUCUUCCCUGCCUUGAAGUCUUCUAUCAAGACGGAACACAAAACUCAAGAGUCCUUCGUCAUGGGUCUAAUAGCCGCGAUCCUGGCCGAGGAGAAAUUGAGGGAUCUGCUUCUUAGCGAAGCAGAUUGGAGUGAUCUCAUUUAUAUUAUCCGGACGUGUGCAGAACGCGAAGACGACAGAGAAACUGCAAUCGCAGCAAAAACAGCGGCGGAAAAAGCAGUCUCCAAAAAAACUGCGUCCGCGGCUGGGAAUGGUUCCCACGUCACUGGUAAUGUUGGAGCUCUAUCGAAUAAAGCAGCUUCCGAAGAUGUGGAACCUGAGAGCGUGUCUAACUUUGACUCAUCCACAAUUGGCCCUACAGCGUAUCGGAGACUGUCGGACGAUAACUUUUCGCAGAUCCUAUGCAGCCUAGAUGGGAUCAGCACAGGCAUGGAUCUCAUUCAGAAAUCUGCCGUCAUGGAGCUUUUCAUGCACGUCACGAAGCGGUUGAACGAUUCAACGACCGAAAAUAUGAUCAGAUUCUAUACCGAACAAGGAUACUUCCACCCUUCAAAUAGCCACUGGCUGGAAGCCUGUCGCCGGUUGGUAGAGGGCGUUCUUAAGGAUGCAACGAGGCCACAGUCGCUACGGAUCUCUACCGUCAAAGUCUUACGAGAGACAUACAACACGGUCGAUGGCCUUUGCGUUGGUGAUGAUGUGCUGCAAUGCGCGGCUCUUCUCUUGGACAACAUUAAAGCAGAAGAAGAUGUAACAGUCUUGAAUGCACUCGUCGAUUUUGCUGUUGAUGUUGCUGAUCGAGCUCCUGACGCCAAUUUCCCGGACACGAUAGACUUAUUGAAGACCCGAUUGGAAGCACCCCGAGCAUCAUUUCAUUCUCUGGGGACCGCUUCUCAUCUUCGGGCAUCUCAACCUCUUACUAAGCCGGGUCAGCCACUGGGAUCAGCCUGUAACGUUAUUGCUACCGCAUUUGUCCGUCUUUUCACCCGGAGCGUGACCAAGUCUGCGCGAAAGACACUUCUCCUUUACAACAUCCUUCGAUACAUCGCGGGCUCUGAUUUAUGCGAGAGUGACGCUCGCUUAACGGCACUCAAACUACUCUUCCGUCUACGGGCUGAUUCCAACCACUCUCUUAUCGUGAGUGCUUCAUCGGAAGGUGAAACUAUUGCCACAGUUCUGUGUCGUACUGCAGAAACAGCAGUAGUCUAUGAUAAACUUGACAAUGGCACACCCGCCGAUCCAGCACGACCAGAGGAUCAAAAUUCGUGGAGGGAACAGCGAAAAGUUUCCGGCAGCAGCCCUCACUCUUCACUUAGCAGGCAUACUAGUCGCCAUAACAAUGCUACUGGUCGUGUCUCCAAGCCAAUUCCGCCAUUAUGGAUGUACCCUGGCCCUAAAGGACUUCCCGAAGAUCCAUCUACCCAAUCUAGUCGUGUGGUCUUUGCCCAUAUUGAUGAUGAAGAAUACCCGCUCAGCGAUGAUCUUCUCGACCUUCAGGUCACCUUGUGGCUCGAGUUGGUGAUUUCCUUGCUGCAGAAAGCGUCAGACUGGGAAAUCUACAGCUAUAUACUAGUCCACCUUGGCCCGCAGCUGUCUAACCAAGCACUCGUACGAAGCUGUGUUCCGCAAUUGAAAAUGUUGAGAAGCGUCGCUUGCGAACAAAUUCGAGGAUCCACAUUUCAUGAGCCUCCAGGUUAUACGUUGCUAAAGAAAGCAGAUGUUGCCGUUUGUCUGUUCCACAUCCUCACAGUCCUUAUCAGUUACCAUGACGAGUACGAGAAAAGCGAGGAAGACGAGCUCGUAAAGACUUUUCUCCAUGGAAUUGGGUCAUGGGACCGAACUGCAAAGUGGUGCAUCCAUGCCCUUACUGUCUGUUGCCAUGAAAUACCGCGCUCGGUGAGCAAGUCACUCGACAAUAUCAUUCAGAAAAUGUCUCAGAUCAUCACAAAGCCUACAACGGCUAUCCAUAUCCUGGAGUUUCUCACGUCCAUGGCCCGUAUGCCCGAUCUUUACAAGAAUUUUCGGGAAGAUGAGUUCAAAAUGGUGUUUGGUGUUAGCUUCCGUUAUCUACAGCAUGUCCGAGAUCAGCGCGAACGUGCCGCUGCCGCCAGUGCGUCGCAGCCUGGUCACCGCUCUCUUUGGCAGAGCGGCGUUUCACGUGAUUUCGCGACGGCUUCAGAUCAGAAUUCGUCAAUGAAAGCCAAGGCCGCAGCAGAUGAUCUACCUCAAUACGUAUACUCGCUCGCCUAUCAUGUCAUUACGUUCUGGUUCAUGGGGUUGAAGAUGGAGGACCGACCAAGACAAAUACCAUGGAUCACCAAAAACCUUAUCUAUACUGACAGUAAGGGACAUCAGGUUAUGGAAGAGCAAGGGCAAGUCAUUGUAGAUAUGAUGAACAUGGUAGCAUAUUCGGAUCGAGACGAAACUAUACGCGAUCCAAACUUUGCAAAGGAGACUGACGGUGAAGUGUGGAAGAAGACUUGGAUCGUAGGCCACAGCUUGAUGACUAUCGAGACGGGGGCUAGAACGGGCGUGUCGUUGAUCACAAGCAGGAGACCCUGUGGAACUCGUUACCUGUAUCAUCGCCCGCUGCUUGCACCACCUCCACGCCAUCAAGUUCCUCUCACCACUGGCCUUGCUGCGGAAGCUUUCAAGACUUCCUCGUAUAUCGGCAUACUGCCUGACGAUAUCUUCCAAACCUACUAUGCGCCCUUGAAUUUAGUGGACCCUCCGAUUCCAUUGCCAGACGAUGACAUGACACGCCGCGCUAUUGAAGCAUUCGACCGCAAUGCUACUGUAGAUGGCCACAAAGUUGGCGUGAUUUAUAUUGGUGAGGGGCAGAUGGAAGAGAGGGAGAUACUGAUGAAUGAUAUAGGAUCUGCGGCGUACACGUCCUUUCUGAAUGACCUAGGCACGCUCGUGCGCCUUAAAGGUGCCAAAUUCAACACAGGCGGACUGGACACUCGCAAUGAUGACGAUGGAGAAUUUACUUUCUGCUGGCGAGAUCGUUGCAUCGAGCUGGUUUUCCACAUCACGACCAUGAUGCCGACCAAUCCCGAGGACAACAUGACCUAUGCGAACAAGAAGCGCCAUAUCGGUAAUGACUUUGUAAACAUCAUCUUUAACGACUCUGGCUUCCCAUAUAACUUUGACACUUUCCCUACGGCCUUUAAUUACGUUUACAUUGUCAUCACACCGGAGUCCCGAGCGUCUUUUGUUGACAGACGUCUGGAUACGGAUCCAGACGGUAAGAAACGCUACUACAAAGUCCAAGUUAUUCCCAAGCCUGGUUUUCCAGACAUUUCGCCUGCCGCCGAGAGCAAAAUUAUUAGUAGAGCGCAUUUGGCGGCUUACUGCCGCCUCAUAGCCAUAAACGCAUGCGUUUUCUCCCAAGUCUGGUCUAUUCGCGAGGGAGGCGAAUCGGUUUCGUCUUGGCGCAACCGUCUGCGCGAGCUUGAGCGACUUCGGACGCGGUAUGGAGCUAGAGAUGCCCCAACCGCUUCUUCCCCAUCUUCUCCGCAUAAUACUACUCCCGGAGCAAGCCUCUCAAGCCCGCCAUCUAAGAGCGAUGCGUUGACGUUCAAGCGCACCAGCGUCGCUACUUUUAUUAGCGAGGGAACGAGUCGGAGUAGUAUCACUGGCGGGUCCCAACAAGAUAUUGCGCUGUGAUGACCAAAAAAAAUUCUAAUCCGGCUUUUGCGCUGCUUUACGUCUCUGGGAGGAGCCUAUUCCACCUUUCGCCCGUGUUUCUGGAAAAGGCAUUUACGCACAGAUACCCCGGUUUCUUUCUCCGUUUUGUGUCGAACGUUUUUAUACUUUUUGUUAUGCUUGUAUGAUUGCAUUGCAUGGUGUUGUGGGUAGGCAUGGUGCUAAGGCACGUGUCAUAAAAGUUUUCGUUCUUAUUUCGGCACCUUUUACAACCUUGCAGGUCCUGGCUAGAUGUUUAGUAGGUGGGAAGCUAGGAACAAGAUAACUAUUUCCUGGCUUGGAGAGAAUAGUCUUGUUGGGGGACGUAGAUGAGAGGGGACGUGGAUGGAAGCUUGGCUUUUGUAAGCG